CACCGUUCGUCGCCAUUUUGUUAAACGAAUAUCGGCGAAGAGUAAAUUUUCACGCGGAUAUUCGAUUGAAUAAGCCAUGCCGAGAAGAAGGCAUGACUCAUCUUCAGAUGAUUCUGAUAGUAGCGAUGAUGACCAUCGUAGAAGAAAGCCUGUGUCAGCUGAAAGAACUGGCAGAAAAAGGCAUGACUCUCAGUCAGACUCCAGUGCUAGUGACGAUGUCCCUGCAAAGUCUGUUGUGUCGAAGGUGGAACGAGGUAGAGAAAGAGAGGAUGAGAACACAGGCAUUAGAUAUAUAGAUCAGCGGGAUAAAGGUGGAGAUAGGAAUGGAAGAAAUCGAGGCGCAAGUACAGGGAGGCGAGACAGGCAGGGAGAUGAUAGACAGAGGAGAAAUUCCCCGCCUCCUCCAAGAGAUCCGCCUCCUCCAAGAGAUGAAGGUGGUCUUGUCGUUCGAGAUGAGAGGACAUAUCCUGUAAGAGGUAGAAAUAGCAGGCAGGGUCGGCAGAAUGCUCCGUCUCCAAGAAAACGAGGCAAUGGGAAUUCCAACAGGCAGGGGUACAGGAGUGAUAAUCAGGACAGAUCGAGUGAUGAUAGAGGAGGGAAUAGGGAUAGGGAUGGGAGGGGCCAGAGACAGUUAGGAUCAAGGUCGCCUGAAAGGGCAGCCAAAAGAAGUGACCUUGACAGAUCUGAAGGUCGAAGGCGAAGAGCUUCAAUGUCCCCUAAACGGAGUGAAUCAUAUCAGGAUAGGGAUCUUAGUAGGUCUAGAAACUCGGGUGACGACAGGCGGGGUGAUUUAGUUGACAGAAGCGGAAGUAGGAAAAAGCGAGAUGCUGACCUUUCAAGGUCAAGAUCACCAGAGUCCACUGGUAAGAGGUCACAUACUCGAAGUGAAAAGCGUGGCUCACACUCAAAUUCUCCUGAGAAUAAUGUCUCAAGAAAAUCUCGAUCGAAGCAUUCAAAAGAGUCAGAUCGAAGAAGUCAGUUGUCAUUGGAAAAGGAACUUCGUGAUGAAGACCCGAUGGCUAAUGAAGUAAGACCUCCAUCGAAGAAGAAGGGUAAAAAGAAGAGUAAAAAGACUGAGGAAGAGGAUUUGGAGAGUAGUUUUGAAAGAAGUAAGAAAUUUCUUUGUGAACAUUCCAGUGAGUUUGAUAUUCCUGAGCCAGAGACGAUGGACAUUCUUAGUCCAACAACAGAGUUGCCAAAGAAAUCAAAGAAAGAUAAACGACCGCAUGAGACAUCAGAAUCAGAGGAUGAAACCCCCAAGAAAAAGUCAAAAGAGGGUAAAAAAAAGGGGAAGAAGAAAUCAAAGAAGGAAGUUCGGGAUUCCUCCGCGUCUCCCAGCCCUGAGCGAGUCAGUUCUAAGAAAUCAAAGAAGUCAAAGCAAAAGUCAUAUUCCAGAUCUCCUAGUCCACUUGACAGAUCUGGUAGAUCAGAUCCCAACAGAUCUCGUUCCUCUGAUGUCUCAGUGGGUCGUAAACACGACCUGGCUCAGUUUGAGAGCGAGCCAGAAAGCGGGGAACUAACAGACAGUGAUGAAGAGGCAAGACAAGGAGAGGGAUGGGAAGCUACUCUAAGGAGCACAGUCAAAAAGCCAGAGGGCCAGAAUCCGCUAGCUGGAAUGGAGGACGAGAAAUAUCUGAUGGCCAAACAAAAGGCAGAAAAGUUGUUGAGAGAAAAGCAGGAUGCUGCAAAGAAAAAUGACGACCGUCCAAGCAAGAGGAAAGCCACACCCACAAAGGACACAACAUCAGAAGCAGCCCAGUCCCCAGCUCCCAAGAAGGCAAAGCCAGCUGAUGGGGGAGCAGAAGCCUUUACAGGGAGAACGGGAGGAGCCUACAUCCCCCCCGCCAGGCUACGUGCAAUGCAGGCUAAAAUUACCGACAAGUCUAGUGUGGAGUUCCAGCGAAUCUCGUGGGAGGCUCUGAAGAAAUCUAUCAACGGUCUGGUGAACAAAGUCAACGUGGGAAAUAUCGAGAAUAUCGUACGGGAGCUGUUCCAGGAAAACAUCGUCAGGGGAAGAGGUCUAAUGGCGCGAUCUAUUAUCCAAGCCCAGGCUGCAUCUGUGACAUUUACACAUGUGUAUGCUGCUCUUGUGGCCAUUGUAAACACCAAGUUUCCCCAGAAUGGAGAGCUUGUGUUGAAACGUCUGAUCGUCCAGUUCCGACGAGGCUACAAGAGGAAUGACAAGAGCAUCUGCCUCUCUGCUACACGCUUUAUAGCUCACCUAGUCAACCAGCAAGUGGCCCAUGAAGUUCUCGCCCUGGAAGUUCUAAUGUUGCUACUGGAUACGCCCACAGACGAUUCGGUCGAGGUCGCCGUCGGAUUUCUCAAGGAAUGCGGACAGAAGCUUACCGAAGUCUCACCAAGGGGAAUCAAUGCAAUCUUCGAACGACUGAGAAACGUUUUACACGAGGGCCAAAUAGAUCUCCGCGUACAGUACAUGGUGGAAGUCAUGUUUGCUGUUCGGAAGGACAACUUUAAGGACUUUCCAGCCAUCUUAGAUGACCUUGACCUCGUGGAAGAAGAGGACCAGUUUACCCAUCUCCUAACCCUGGAGGACGCCCAGAACCCGGAGGAUAUACUCAAUGUGUUCAAGCCUGAUCCCAACUUUCAGGAGAGUGAAGAAAAGUAUGCCAUCCUCAAGAAAGAGAUCCUUGGAGAGGCAGGUUCAGACGAUGACGAUGAAGAGGGUUCUGGAAGUGGGGAUUCUGACAGUGAAGCAGGGAGCAGUGAACAGGAAGAUGAGGAGGCCAAGCAGACCAUCAUUGACCAGACGGAGACCAACCUGGUUGCUUUGAAGAGGACCAUCUACCUGACCAUACAGUCGAGUCUGGACUUUGAAGAGUGUGCUCAUAAACUCCUGAAGAUGGAACUCAGGCCGGGACAAGAGGUGGAGCUUUGUUACAUGAUCCUGGAUUGCUGUGCCCAGAUGAGGACCUAUGAGAAGUUCUACGGCCUGCUGGCGGGGCGCUUCUGCAUGAUAGACAAGAAGUAUGUAACGCCAUUCCAAGCCAUGUUCCGGGAACAGUAUGAAACCAUUCAUCGUCUUGAGACGAAUAAGUUGAGAAAUGUGGCCAAGUUUUUUGCUCAUUUGCUUCAUACCGACUCCAUCUCUUGGGCUGUGUUGGAGUGUAUGAAGCUGAAUGAAGAUGACACAACAUCGGCUAGUCGAAUCUUCAUCAAGAUUCUGUUUCAAGAGCUCUCAGAAUACUUGGGACUGCCAAAACUCAACGACAGACUUAAAGAUCCGACCCUGUUGGAGUACUACGCUGGUCUCAUGCCGAGAGACAACCCCCGGGACACGAGAUUUGCCAUCAAUUUCUUCACUACAAUUGGACUGGGUGGACUGACUGAUGACUUGCGUGACCACCUAAAGAACGUCUCUAUGAAGCUAAUGGCACAGAAGCAGGAACAGCAGGCAGCGGCAGCUAUAGCAGUUGACUCCUCAGACAGUUCUGACUCGGAAUCAAAUGAUUCUAGCUCCAGUGGAUCUGAUAGCAGCGACUCUGACAGCUCUUCGGUAAAAAAGCGUUUUGAGCCAAUGGAGGGUCGUUCCGUAGGACGAGCAGCCUCGUUCUGA